ACUUCCUCAUAUCUCAAGAGCGAAAGCAUACUUGAUUCUCGGGAAAACUUUCGCAUCAGUCAAGAUGAAUCUGGAGGAAUACUUCAAGAGGAUCGGUUUUCAAGGCUCCUAUGAAGCCCUGGAUCUGCCCACACUGAAAAUGAUCCACAAACGGCACGUCAUGUCGAUCCCUUUUGAAAACCUCAGCAUUCACUGCGGGGAGAGAAUCACCACCGACCUGCAGGUGAUCUUUGACAAGGUGGUGAGGGGCCGUCGUGGCGGUUGGUGCAUGGAGAACAACCUUCUGUUUGGCUGGGUGCUGAGAGAAAUGGGCUACGACACGACCACCUUGGGCGCCAGGGUUUUCAGUGCCAGCUCUCAGGACUUUUUUCCUUAUGAGUCUCACCUCAUCAACAAGGUCAUUAUUGACGGGAAGCCUCACAUUGCAGAUGUGAGUUUUGGAAUGUCAUCUCAAGUGUGGGAGCCUCUGGAGCUCAUCUCUGGAAAGGACCAACCCCAGGCAGCCGGAAUCUUCCGUCUUAUCGAAAAAGGAGACGUGUGGAUGCUGGAGAAGACCGCAAGGAAACCAGAAUUUCUUAAUCCAGAGUGUGCUAAAUCAAGCCUGAUCAACAGGAAUCUAACAAGGCUGGUGUACUGCUUCUCACUGAGUCCUCGCCAGGUUGAGGACUUCUCCGACAUAAACCACAAGCUCCAAACCACUCCAACCUCCCUGUUCACCAAUAAAUCCAUCUGCUCUCUGCAGACAGCCACAGGGUUCAAGGGCCUGGUUGGCUGGACCUACAGCGAGGUGACCUACAAACCUGAGGAGGGCGUUGAUGUGUUUAGCAUGAGGGACAUCACAGAGGAGGAGAUAGAGGAGGUUCUGAGGGAACAGUUCAAUGUGGUCCUGCAGAACAAAGUGCAGCCCGUUAGCACCAAAUUAAGUUACACAAUGUGAAAAGACACGACAUAUACCUUCAUAUCCAAACUGGUUGAUGAAUGGAUUAGUACUCGAAACUCAGACCAGGAUGGUCAAGGUUGAGUUCUGCACAGCUCUGAUUGGCUGGAGCAGAAAUGAUCAGCUAGGAUGAGGUUUAGCAGAGUCAGCCAGUGUAUGAAAGGUGAAACCUCAUAAUGUAUAAAACAGCUCAUCAUCUGGAUAUGAAGUAUCAUCAUUUCUUGUUUUAAACUUCUAUUGAAAUUUCCUUGUUUAGAAAUAUAUAGUUGUUAUAUAUGAAUGUAUUCAAAUAAAUGUUUAAAGCUGAUCUGCCUUUAUAUGCACAUAUAACCUCUUACCCCAUCACAGUUAAAGUUCAUAAUGUAUAUUUAGCUUCUUUUUUUAAUUAUUGUUCUUUUUAGUGCUGCACUCAGUUUAAUCUUUACUUGAAUUAUAUUUCCAGAAAUUUUUUUUUUUUUUAAAUUUUACAAUUUUCCAUUUUCUAAUGUGAUUUUCUGUGUUGGAUUUUAAUAACUUUUUCAUGAUUAUUUAGUCCUGUUUUUGUUUUUGCGUUUUUUUUUUCUUCAUAAUUUAUUUUCGUAUAUGAAGCGUUUAAUGUAUAUUAUUACAACUAAUAUUAUUAUCACAUCAUUUUCCUAAUGCCAUUGAGAAAUCACUUUUGAAUAAAUGUCAUUUGAGAAAUUUCACUGUGUGAAUGUGAAUGUUUUUGUAUACAUCAGCAGUGUCCAGUGGGCCAUGUUUUCACUAACAAGAGUCUGACAAAAGUCACUGUUGCAGACUAGUUUUUCCAAAGAUAAAACAAUUGCUACGGUAUCUUAUUUUUAAAUGCAACAUAAUUCAGCGGUAUAAAUGCAAGGCAUUCUUUUUUCCUCUUUCAGUUUUUUACAUUUUGUUAUAGUACUCAUUAAUAAGCAUAAUUAAAGUGCUUUAAUUCUGGAAUUGCAAUUCUUUUCCUCAUGAGUUGACGGUUCAAUUUGUCCAGGUUUUGUAAACAGAUAAAAGUCACAUUGUAGUAUUUUUUUUUAAUAACACAACAAAUCAUAGACAUUGAAGAACAAUUACU